GUUCCUGCGGUGCCGGAGCCGCUGCCCUCCGACCGUCCAGCUCGUCGUGCUGGAGGAGGAGCAGCAUCGCCACCGCUCCAGGCACCGCCGGCAGCCUGUCCGUUUAUAGACUUUAUAAACUACAUUUUGGCUACGAGUUCACGCUCUUCAACCAACAUGUCUUCUGGGGAAGCUACUCGCUCAGAUAAUGGUACACAAGGACCUCCUCAGGACAGAAAUCAAUCCAAAAUGGACGCCAUAGAAGAUCUGAGAAAGAAACUCCAGGAGCUUGAGAAAAGAAACCUGGAAUUAGCCAGUAAACACAAUCAAGAUAUGUCACACUAUGAAAAAGAUUUAAUGAAAUUAAGGUUAGAACUGGAGAAAGGAGAGGCUCUUCGUCGAGUUCUGGAGAGUGAAAUGUUCUUUGCUAGAAAAGAUGCUCAGGUGCAGAUGUAUUCUGCAGAGGAUGAGCUAUGGGAUACAAAAGCCAAGCUUUUGGAACUGCAAGAUACUUUUCAGCCUCCUGUUUCACCCUCAGCCUUCAAUGCACCUGCUGCUCCUACUCCCACACCUGAAGGAACAGAUAUUUUUGAGGUUAAUGUUGUACCCCAAGCAGACCGUACACCUCCUGCUCCUGUUUCUCCUCCUGAUGAUACUUCUCAGCCUCCUGUUUCACCCCCUUCAGCCAGUGCACCUGCUGCUCCUGCUCCUGCUCCUGAAGAUACUUCUCAGCCUCCUGUUUCACCCCCUUCAGCCAGUGCACCUGCUGCUUCUGCUCCUGCUCCUGAAGUACAUCAGGGAGACCCGAGACACAGAACCUAUGCUUUGUCAGCAACUGACAUACCCUCUGAUGGGACACUCUACAUAACCCGCCCUGAGCCUGGAACCGAUGCAACCAUUGAAUCCUUUCAGCUACCAUUUGUACCACAAGAAAUCAGUACAUCUGAAGGUCCUGCUCCUGAUGUACACUCGGGACAGCCUGGACACAGGACAUACGUUUUGUCAGGAAGUGACAUACCCUCUGGUGGGACACCCUACAGAACGUACACUUUGCCUGGAACAGACACAGCCUCUGAAUCUAUUCGGAGUUACUUUGUACCCCAAGGAUUCAGUACAUCUCAUGGUCCUCCUUCCGAUGGACGCUGGGGACAGCCUGAACAGAGAACCUACAUUUUUUCAGGAAGUGACAUAUCCUCUGGUAGGACACCCUACAGAACGUACACUUUGCCUGGAAUGGACACAACCUCUGUACAACCUGACCUUCAGUAGUGACAUACCAUCCUUUUUUGUUCUUCUGGGCCUGAACAAAUUGAGCAAGUUUCUCAUCUUCAUGUGUAUACCAUGGUUUCUGCUCAAGAAAAGAAGUGGCAGGGUUAAUUCGCACUGGCAAUAAAGCUAAUUGUGUCCAUACCUCUCGAGCAACCUGUUUGGCAACUCUGUCAGCCAGCUGGUUUCCUUGGAAUGCUUUUCCCUCUUCAUUUUGAUGUCCUUUUACAUGCAUCACUGCUACUGCCUGAGGUUUAUGCACUGCUUCCAAUAGUGCUAAUAUUUGUUCUUUGUGCUUAAUUUCUGAUC